CAGAGCACAGCUAGCAGUGUUAGCAUAACCUUUGUUAGAAGGCAGUUUGAAGACGAGCUUGUAGGUUUGAUUUAUAUUUGAGUGUUUGCAGCAACAAUGUCUUCAGUUCAGCCUCAGAGAAAAUGGAUUAAGGAUCAGUUAACUGCUGCUGAAGAAACGGAGUUUAAAGAAAUUAUCGUCAAGUCCGAGGAAGAGAUGGAUAAUGAGCGCAGACUGCUGGAUUUUUCCCGAUUACCUCGGAUAAUCUUACACCGAAUAGAUCUUCCACAAUGUUGUGUAAGUAAAAAGGAGGAGGUUUUCACUGAGCUCAACAACCAGGAUGGGGACUCCACUUUACAUCAAGAGAAAAUAGAACCCUUGGUGAUAAAAAAAGAACAAGAAGAACCAGAGCAUCUGGAAAUAAAACAUGAGCAAGAAGAAUUAGAACAUCUGGAGAUAAAACAUGAGCAAGAAGAACCAGAGCAUCUGGAGAUAAAACAUGAGCAAGAAGAACCAGAGCAUCUGCAGAUAAAACUGUUCAAAGUGGAAGAGAAUCAACCCUUCUCCAGUCAGGAUGAAGAGCAGCUUGUGCUGAAACAGGAGACUGGAGACAUUUUGGUGACUCCUUCCAAUGUGCAAAGAAACAGCAAUAAAACAGAACCAAACAGGAACCAAAAAAUGUUAAAGAAAAGUGACCAAGACCAAAAUUUAUUUGCCUGUAAAAUUUGUGAUAAGACUUUUUCCGUUAACAAUAACCUGAAAACACAUGAGAAGUCACUCAGGGAAGAAGUCUUAUUCAUGUAA